AUGGGGGAUGAGGGUGCCCUGCUCCGGGGGUUUAUCCUCUGCCUGCUGGAGCAGGAGGGUGGGCUGCCCAGGCAGGUGCCCCCUGAGGAGCUUGGGGGUGAGGUGGGGGAAGAGACUGCCGUGGCCUCGCUGAGGGCGGCUGUCCUCCGUGUCUGGGGCCGCCUGAGCCAGGACCCCGAGAUGGACAGGCUGGUGGGGUCCCUGGCUGGCUGCUCACCCCUUCCCGCCCUGGCUGACGUCUCCGAGCAGCUCUUCCAGGACGGCAUCAACUGGGGACGGGUCGUUGUCUUCUUCUACUUCACCUACCGGGUGGUCCGGCAGGUGGGCCCGGAUGCCUGGGUCCCUGGGGAGACUCCCGUCCUGCAGGCAUUCUACUUCGAGCGGGACGACGUGGCGCUGCCCCGGCUGGGACGCUUCUUCCUGGCGCAGUCGCACGAGGAGCGAGAACACGCCGAGGGGCUGCUGCGCUUCCAGACGCGCCGCGGCGGCCGCGUGCUGCUGCAGGACGUCAAGAAGCCGGAGCGUGAUGCUUGGGGCUCGGCGCUGGAGGCGGUGGAGGCGGCGCUGCAGCUGGAGAAGUCGGUGAACCAGGCGCUGCUGGACCUGCACCGCCUGGCUGCUGAGAAGGGGGACCCGCACCUCUGCGACUUCCUCGAGUCCCACUACCUGGACGAGCAGGUGAAGGCCAUCAAGGCGCUGGGAGACCACAUCACCAACCUGCGGCGCCUGGCCGGGGGGCCGGAGGGGACCCCGAGCGGCCUUGGCGAGUACCUCUUCGACCGCCUCAGCCUGGAGGAACGCAGCUGAACCACCGCACGGGCGGCCCCCUGGGACCCCCCCCCUCCCAGGACUCUCCCCCCCAGACCCUGUAACCCCCCUGCCCCGUCCAAGGGGGCUCGCCUGUUGGGGGUCUCCUCCUCCAGCAUGACUCCAAUAAAGGGUCUGCCCUUGCC